UCCAACCGGUAGCGUCAAAGACAAACGCCGAGUGGACUUCAAAACACAAAUAAUGUCUUAUACAACCUUACAGGGUUGUUUAGUACUGAAAAAUAUCUAGAUUAAAUCAGUGCAUAACCAUGGAUGAGGAGGAUAGCCAGGAUGAGCUGAUCAACAGGAACGUCUCCCAUGGGAAAGGAAAAAGACCUGCCAUGUCCAUUAUCUCUGAUGACGAGGACAAUUCAGAAGACGAGGGGGAAUCAGAGGAAAGAGAAACAGGCAGUGAGGAGGAGGAGGAGGAUGAUGAUGAAGAAGAAGAAGAGGAGGAUGUCCUUGAUGGAGAGGAGGAGGAAGAUGAGGGUGAAAGUGAAAAUGAGGACUCUGGUAACGUCCUGGAAGCAGCGGCUGCAGGGGACGCUCCUGUGCAUGCAGCUGACCUGAGCUCAGACGAGGACUCGGAGAAAUGCCCAAUCUGCCUGAACUCCUUCCACGAGCAGCCCGUGGCCACACCGGAGUCUUGCGAACACUACUUCUGUCUGGACUGCAUUCUGGAAUGGUCGAAGAAUGCCAACUCCUGUCCUGUGGACCGAAUAGUCUUUGAGAACAUUUUCCUGAGAAAGUGCCAUGGCGGGAAAGUUAAAAAAACAAUUGCAGUUAAGAAGCCUGUAAAACCUGGGGAGGAACAGGUGGAGCUGGACUUGGAUCAGACCAGCUGUGAGGUUUGCGGGGGUCGAGACCGUGAAGAUCGCCUCCUGCUGUGUGAUGGCUGUGAUGCUGGGUACCACAUGGAAUGUCUCACGCCGCCUUUGGAUGCGGUUCCUGUGGAGGAAUGGUUCUGCCCAGAGUGCGUCGCCAGCAACCGCACAUCAGGUUCUGAACAUAUUAGUGAGGAGGAGAGCAGCUCUCUCCCCACCACCAGCCGUUCCCGGGCCAGACCGACCCGAGCGAUCGCACGGACCCAGCAGAGCGAACGAGUUCGGGCCAACGUCAACAGACAUCGCAUCACACAGGCACGCACAGCAGCGGAGCUUACUCCCAGAUACAUGAUGCAGUCCACAUGGUUGGAUGAGACCAUCAAUGCUGUAGUGUCUGGACUCAGCACAGCCGUGUAUGUGCGAGACUUGACCCCUCACUCCAGAACCCGCCGGAGGAGAAAGACAGUUAGAAGAAGGAAAACCAAAAGCAAAUCCUCAGCAAUCUCUGGGGGGAAAACAACAAAAAGCAUGGGAGUGAAGAGACGGAAACGCAGAGGGAGGAAAACAAAAUUUAGAAGAAAACUGGUCAAAAAGAAGGAAACUAAUUCCCGAGGUCGUAUUGCACGGAGUUUAGGGAUUAAGAAGCCCAAGGCUGGUUCCAUUAUUCCCUCAGUUUAUCGGCCUUCAGAGUACAGUUUAGGAAGUAUGCGGGCAGAAAUCGGCGCAGCCUCCCUCUCUGUGUACGGAGAUCCCUUUGACCUGGACCCCAUUGAUGAUAGGGAGGAUGAAAAUCAAGUUCCAACACCAUCCUCUCUUCUGGAAGCUAAACGCCGUGGCCUCUCCCGCUCUGCCUUGCGGUCCCAUCAGCCUGUGGCCAGACCCAUUUCUGCCGGCCUCUCCAGGCAAGGUGUGAGUGUCCCACAGGAAGAAGAUGUUGCCCCUGUAUCAGACCUGCUGGGGAGUAUCCUCAGUGGUCAGAGCAUGCUCCUCAUGGACAGUUCUGAUGUGGUCAUCAACAGAGAUGGUUCCCUCAAAGCAACCAAACCCGUGUCCCUGUCCUUGCCAAUGAACACUACCCCUGGAGAAUCAGGCUCAGGGGAACCAGGAAACACACCAAACACAGAAACAAGUCUCAUCCACCCCUCUGAACAGGCUGGUCCUUCCUCCAGCCCAUUGAGGAGGCCUCCACUAGUACACAAUUCUCAUGGGUCCUGUUCCACACCACAGAAUCCCACAUCUCCACCAAUACACUCUCACCCAUCUCCCUUGGGUCAUCCCAAUCUGCAUCCAUGUGCUCUUCACAGGCCAAUCACCUUAAAUCCACCAAGACCUGGAAAUGGUCACUUGAGCACUAAUGGGAUUAGAGGUCAACCGCUCUCAAGGGUGUCAAAUAGCUCUUCUGACUCUCCCCAUCAAGACCAGGAGGGAACUGCCCGACAACUGCCUGUCAGAAAGCCCCCUCCAAAGCCUGUAUGGGUGGAUGUUUCUGUAUUACCAAGGAUACCAAAAAUUAAAAGGGACAGUACCUCCAGUGCAAAUAGUAGCAGUGACAGCAGUAGCAGUACUUUGCCUGGGUCUUCAGUGACCAGCUUAGCAGGCAACACGGGUAGGGAACGUACCGUUGACCAGCAAGGAAUGGGUUCAAGUCAGCAAAACAGGACAGUGGAUGCUCAGAGGCAAAGAUCAGACAGAACUGGUGCUUCUUCUUCAUUUUCUAGCUCUUUCACCUCCAGUACAUCAUCUUUCAGUGCCUCUUCAAACUCGUGCCCGUCCUCUUCUUCCGUCAGUUUCCGUAUAAACUCUAGCAGAAACCCAUGGCAAGCUCGGCGACUUUCUGCAUCAGGAGGGACUCUGCCUGGGAAUGAGGAGGAAUCAACAAAGAAGAGUAAUAAAAGUAAACACAUGCUGUUGUCAUUAAAAACAAAGGCCAAAGAGGAGAAGAGCAAAGAGGAGAAGUGUGAGGUCUAUGACCCCUUUAACCCUACGGGGUCUGAUUCAUCUGAUAACGAACCAGAAGGUGAGGGUCUCGAUGUUAGCACCCAAAAUACUGAGUCUCGGGUGCCAGUUGGAGUCAAUGAGGAUGCCUGUCAUCAAAUCAAAUCUGAGUCUGUGAAUGCGGACUCUGAUAUGGAGAGAGACUCGGAAAUGUGUGCAGAAGUUAAAACGGAGCCAGAUCCUUGCAGAGACAGACCGUGCAAACAAUCACCACAUCAUUCAGACGCAAUCCACAGUUGGGUUGCCUCAGGAUCUUCAGAUAAUUCUACUAUAUGCGAAGCUAGCAUAGAUCCUGGAAGUCGUGAAACUCCAGAAAGUCCAUUUCGGAAAGCUCAGGAGCACUCCAGAUCAAGCUCGUCAUGCAGUGACAAAAACGUUAAGUUGGAGGUGAAGUUGGAGGUGAAGUCUGAGCCUGAGGCUGAACCUCAACCCGUCAGGCCCCAAUCAAAGUCCCUUGAAGAGUCUCUAGCAAUCCAAGCAUCCGAAGGAAAUGGGGUGUGUAAAGAGCUACCUUCAGUCAGUGGUACCUUUAAUGCUACUAACAUAAAAAUGGAAAGACCUCACCAGUCCCAGUGCAUGGAUAGGAAGCAGUCACCAUCAAACUCGCAAAGCCUUUCAUCUAAAGACUCCCAUAAAAAGAAACACUCAAAAUCAAAAGAAAAGAGGAGGUCACGCUCAAGGUCAAGGGAUCGGCGGCGAUCCCGUUCGAAAUCGAAAGAGAGGCAGCGCUCAAGGUCGAAAGAGAGGAGAUAUCCACGGUCAAGAGACAGGAGGUGUUCCUCGAGUUCCAGCAGUAGAGAGAGGAAGACAAGUGGGAGAAGAGUGAGUCGUGAGAGGAAUGACAACCGAGGGAGAGAAAGACGAAAGAAGAGAUCAAAAGAAAGAAGGCGCUCUCGAUCUCGUUCGUUUUCUAGAUCUAGAUCCAGAGAAAGGAGGAAAACAUCAAAGAAUCAGGGUGAGAAUAGGUUAAAGAGACAGAAGUCAAAAUCAAGAUCAACGUCUAGAGAGCGAAAAAGGCAAGAGGUUCGAUCAGAGCCCUCUCGACGCACAGAAAGGAGCUCCCAUAAGUCUGCAGAGCCCAUGUCCACUGAGUUACAUACGCCCGCUGUUGGUUCAGUCAGGUCUACAACAAAGGUGAAGACAGAGAGAGAUGCAAGAGCACAUAAACAUGAGACUACUUCAGUUAAACCAUCAAUUAAACAAGAGACUCAGUUGGUUGACAUCACAACUCGUGGUCUUGGGUCAUCAAGACAUGGUGACCAGACUAGAAGAGUUAAAGAAAGCAAGGAGGAUGUUUCGCUUGAGCUGCUUAAGUCCGAAAAAAUUAAACAAGAGGAACCUUGGCCCAUUAGUGCUGUCAAGGAGUUGAAAGAUUUCAAAAAGGAGGAGGAACUGUGUGGAGAAUUAGAUGGUGUUAAAGAGAUGAAACAUGAAGAGAUGUCUUUUAACAUCUUCAGCAAGGAAUCACCAAAUCUUAAUGAAAUGAAUUUGAAAAGUGCGGAUUUAGAAAAGAGCCACGCUUGCUUUCAGAAUGAAAUGAAAUUGCAAGAAAUGGUUGAGGCAAAAAAGAUUAAAAUCGAGCAAAUAUGGCCUGAUGAAGAGGAUUCACCAAGCUGCAGUGACAACCCUCUCGUCAUCGGUUCGGAUACACCUGACAUAGACGCUGAGAACUGUAAAAAGGAAAUGAAAUUGCAAGAAAUGGUUGAGUCACAAAAAAAGAUAAUCGAGCAAAUAUGGCUUGAUGACGAUGAUUCACCAAGCUGCAGUGACAACCCUCUUGUCAUCGGUUCGGACACACCUGACAUAGACCCGGCCAACUGUAAAAAGGAGCCCAUUGAGUCCUAUCAGUCGCCGCUUUUAGAGGAGGACAUGGAGGUGUCACCUCUCCAACCGCCAGACCCCCCAAUAAAACAAGAACCUGUUAUGUCAUCCGAUGAAGAUAUUAGCAUUGAUUACUUGAUUGAUAACUUGGACUUCAUUAAGAAAGAAAUGAGUGAGAGCUCUGUGGCCGACUCAACAGAAGCUGUCGACCCCAAGUCUGCCGCUCCAGAGGCUCCAGCAGGGAAUGAGCAAAUUACUGAAACCGUUACAGCUGGUGCGAAGUCCAAGCCGCAGGGCAAGCGAGUCACUUGGAAUUUGCAGGAACCAGCAGAACCCCAGUCUGAGAAAUUAAGCAAGCUUGCACUCUUCAAACUAAAACUCAAGCAAGAAGGGUCGCGAAGGUCUGCUUCAUCCCAACAAACCUCCGGUCAGGAUAAAGCUUCAUCUAAGGCUGAUACAAAACUCACAGCAACAGUCUCCAGCCUUCCUCCCCAAGAGGAAUCCAGCAAAUCAAAAUCCCACAAAGAAGGGGACGCCGAUCCGAAAGAGAAGUACAUGAAGAAACUCCAUAUGCAAGAGCGAGCAAUAGAGGAGGUCAAGCUUGCAAUAAAGCCCUUCUAUCAGAAGAGAGACAUCACAAAGGAAGAGUACAAAGAGAUUUUGCGUAAAGCCGUUCAGAAGGUGUGUCAUAGCAAGAGCGGUGAGAUCAACCCGGUGAAAGUGGUUAACUUGGUCAAAGCCUACGUGGAGAAGUAUAAACAUGCAAGAAAACACAGGAAAGAGGAAACUGGGGCAAACUCACAGGCAGACGUCCUGCUAGACUUCCAAACUUCAGUGUGAAGUCAAUGGUAGAACGGCUAUGUCCUUUUCAGACAGUAUCAUUAGCAAUCAUCUGUAGAUUUGAUUUUUUUUUCUAAAUCUGUGCAUUUCUACAAGGAAACUCUUAAGGGCUCAACGUCUUCUUGUCAGUAAUCAAAUGAACCUUUUUGAAUGUUUGUUUGUUUUCUUUUGAAUGUAAAGAUCAUUUGAAAGUAUCUGGGUGUGUCUGAAUACAAGAUAUGUUAAAAAUCUUUACGUUGCCGUUGUUUAAAACGAGUCUUCAAGAGGGUGUUGUGUUUCUUUGCCAUUUUAAGCUUAUCCAACAGGAAGUUUAAGUCAUUAGUCAGGCUCUUGCAUCAUCAGACUAAAAUAUAAAUCAUAUAUAUAUAUAUA